CAGAGAUAUGGUUGGACUGGCAAGAGCCGCUGUGAAUGGAGAUGAGAAAGCUCUGGAUCUAUUCUCGUCAGCCAAAGGGAAAAAACAGCCUUCAAGUCAAUUUGCUAAUUCAUUUUUCUUUGGAACGGCUGAUGGUAAACUGUUACAUAAUGACUUUUAUUACUUAAGGUGGCUCCAUACAGUUUCUUGAAAAGUUGAAAAGACACAUUUCAGACCAAAAAAUUUUAUACACUGGUAUUUUUACAGAAGAAUGAAACCAGAUGUCGUGUAUAGAACAGUAUUUUGAGAAUCAGAAACUGUAACUGAAAAAUCCAUAACUGUGGUUACUAUGGCAACAAUGACGUUUCAAAAUGGCUGUUAAUUUGCAUUUGAACUCGGUGACCCCCAAUAUUUUUUCUAAUAUGAGCAAUUAUUAGGACAAUUUUUAAAAAAUUCUGUAGGUCCAAAAAUUUAAUAAAAAUAAUAUAGCCUUGUGAAGUUUGUAAUUUUCAGUCAUUUUGUAUUACCACGGAAGUGGUAACCAUUUCCCAUUUGUAAUACAAAAUGACUGAAAAUUGCAAACUUUGCAAGGCUAUAUUAUCCGCAUUUUAUACAACAUUUCGCAACGAAACUUUGGAAUAUAGCUAAUUUUGUGAUGCUCUUUCAAGCUGUGAUGAAAUUAAAGUUUGUCUACACUGUUGAGUUCAAAAUUUUGAUUAGUAUGGGAUUGGUCCAUUGGCGACAGCGAAGCGCUUUAUAAAUGUAAAUAAUGCUCAUUGUCAAAAUAACUGCAUAUUUUAUACCUUGUAUAGCAUAUUUAAGAAUUAUUGGAUGAGACUGAGCAGGAUAUCGGAAUUAUUCAGACCGAGCUAGGUCAGCAUUAUGAUAAUACUGACCGAGGUUUGAAUAAUUCUGCGAUAUCCUGCGUAAGCCGAAUUCAAUCAUUCUUUUAUUAUUCAUUCUGUAACAAGAACAAUCAAGUUGAAACCAAAACGAGCCGAAGCAGCAGAAGCCCUUGUCUAAACAAAAUAAUUUUACAAAAUUUCCCGCUCUUUUCCAAUUCAUGCAAAAUACCGCUGCAAAAAUAGAUAGAUAGAUAGAUAGAUAGAUAGGUAGAUAGUUUACGAGAUACGGAAAAUUAUCUGUAGGCUUUCAACCAAUAAGAAUACGAGAAAGUAGUACAAUGAAUAAUAAACGAGAUUGUUGCUACGCGAUGUCAGAAUAUUCCUCGUCCUGCCAUUAUUGCUUCACAUUGCCUGUUGGCUUUUAGUUUCUCUUUCAUUUUACUAUUUAAUAAUGAAGGAAUCGAAUGGUUUUCCGUGCAGGAUUGCGUGAUCCAUGUACAAACGAUGUCGCGAGAUUUUCGGAAAGCGUAAAAAUACUCGAGCCGCAGGCGAGUGUAUUUUUACGCUUUCCAAAAGCCGAGCAACAUCCCAAGUGCAUGGAUCACGCUAUCUUGCUUAUCACACUAUGCGAAAAGCUUUUCUGACAAAUCUAGUAAAGUUAAUGAAAAUGACAAGAAGCACAAAUUUUCGGAUACUGUAUCACUUUCCAAUAAUCAUUACAAAUAAUGUGAGGGAGAAGAAAUUACAAUGGAUUAGGACAGAUCGACUUAACACUGGAUCGAUUAUUGAUGGCUCUUACUGGCCUCUAGGCCGCCGGUCUGGGGAGAAAAGUUUAAAACUGAUAAGGCUAUAUAAAUGCAGUAUUAUGCUAUGUAAAUUUAGUUUAUUUAAAUUAUUUUCGAUUUCCUCCUGAGGCUGUGGUAGCAAUACGUCAUGUAUUUAUUGUCCUUCUUUAGGCGUUGUGUUUCUUGUUGAUGACAAAGGCCAUACUACAACGUCGUUUUCGGUUGAUGGAAGUGUAAAAACUUUGUUAUAUUACGAGGGCAAAGAUAUCUUGGUCACUGUCACAGAGAACAUGAUGUUAACCCAGCAUUCUAUCUCACUGGAUGGGAACACAAAUGAGAUCAUGAAGGUGCGUGUAUGUUAUAGACGGCGCACUCUUCAUGAGCCGACUUUAGUUGUAUAUUAUAGAUGCGACACAAGAGAUCUUUAACAAUUUUUAAUAUACAAAUUAUCCUCACUAUAUAUGACGUCACAUUGCUUAAUGACUUAGUGUCUGAAAAAACUUCAAGAUCUUCGCAUAUCGUGCAUCAAUAUCAUAAAACCGUUCAUAUGCGUUUUGCCAACGUACUACAAAUAUAUACUAUAUUUAGUGAGAUAUAUCGAAAUAUUAGUUCUAAAAGAUUCAGAAAUAAAACUGUUUCCAGCCAGUUCACGGUUACUAUAGCCUGCGAACAGGCGCUUAUUCAGGUGGGCCUAGUAAUAAUAAACGCCUGUCGGCAUGACUUUAAAUUUUCGGAGACUUCGUUCGCCCACGAACGAAGUUUUCUGAUUGGAGAAUUAUGGUCACAUGGGAACAUACGAUUGACAUUAAGUAGGAGGUCUGUGUUCAUUACUGAUGUCAGAAAAACAUAUGUUUUGGGCCAAUUUAAUGGGAGAAAUAUUUUGGAUACACUACAUGUCGAACUGUCUGCAGGUUCAGUUGAGCUGCUAGUCUGCCUGAAGAAAAUGCAUUGAUCGAACCUCAAUGAAGGUCCUGGACCCAUCAGUUUAAGCCCUUUAAUUUAACUAUUCACGCGAACUUACAUUUUGGCAAAAAAUCAGCCUUUUGCAUGCUUAAUUAAUGCCUUUGCCUAAUUUGCAUAUGUCCGCAAUAUGCAAAUUAGGUUAAGGCAUUAAUUAAACAUGCAAAAGGCAAAUUUUUUAGGAAAAAAUGAAUAGUUCCUUUAACUAUUCAUUUUUAAUACAAAUUGUCUGAAAUUUUGUACAGUAAUUAAAAACCCAACAAAUUUUCCUUCCAUUAACUCAAAAUACGAUUAAAGCUUCUAAAUUUGGUGCGCAAGCCAUUUUUAGCUUGUUGGAAACACCCCUCUGGUUUACACAAUCUGAGUUUGAGUAUUUGUUUUCAUUAUUCUACAUUAUGCAUGCAUGGGUACUCAAGGAAUCUAUAUAUAACAAUAACUUGAUACCACCAGCUGUUUUGUGAAAUUGAGAGCAAUUUCAAAUCUGUUCAGUUUUUUUUUUUUUACCCUGUAUAUAAUAGUAUGGAUAUACUAUGGAUUUAGUGGUGCAAUUGCAAAUUUCAUAGUAUGGAUUUCACAUUUUUCCCCAGUGUGUGUUUGAUAUUAAACUCUUUUUUUGAAACAAAUGCGUUAACUUUGCUUUAGUUAAAAGCAUAAAAAGAAUUCUAAAAUCCACAACGAUACUUGGACGUGAUGUUUCAGAAAAAUAUAAUGUAAAUUUGUUUUUUCAAGCGGUAUUCUGGACGUUUUUUACCACCGUACGCUUGGGUCGCAUCGCGAACAUUGCAGUAUUUGCAGUGUUUUCUGCACAAUCUAGCAAACAUACCACCACAAACAUAUCACCAUAAAAAAAUUGAACGGGCGUUUUGCGAAAUAGUACUAACUCGCCACGGGAAGAAUUUUGAUAAACAUUUUCAAAUGAAUACCAACAAGUCAUAACCAGUAAUUAAUAACCUUUGUCAAUUUUACAUGUAAUAAUUCACGCUUAGUUGACCAUUAACCGACGCAGUAAAACUGUAUAUAAAACAUGUUUAUAUUUUGAAAUUUUAAAAAAAUCAUGCCUUGUUGUUCACGAAAUCCAUCGUGAAACCCACGCGAGAAACGUUUGUACACGUCACAUCUCGUAAAAAAAUGCCAAAAUUAAACCUAAAUUUCUCCCUUUUCCUUCGGUAUUUUUUUUUUAAUUUUGUGCUCAACAAGUGCAAUAUCCUUUUUUCUUAAAAUUAUAUCAAAGGGAAAUUUUUUAAUCAUUGAUUUUUGACAUUUUUUAAAUUUGCUAAGAAACGUAUCCAUAGGAUUUUUUUAAAUUGAAGAAAAAAAUCAAUAUUCAAUACAAAACCAAUAAAUUGUAUAGUGUAUAAAACCAAUAAAUUUCAUGUAAAUGGACGAAACAGGAGUCUCCUGGCAAAAACCCAAGGGAUCUACAUUAAUUAAGCGGGUCUUUUUCGACCAAGAAGCGUUCCAAGUAGGAUGGAAAAGGGUAGUAAAUAUACUUCAACGUAUUUUGUAGGUGAAGAUCACUGCAGGUUCUGGGAGUCGUUAUAUCGUCUGGGCGGGACAAGGAGUGUUAGCAACAGCUUCUGGUGAGAAUGUUUUAAGGUAUGCAAACGUAGGUGUCCAGUUUGGAUAAUGCAUGUUAUUCAAUAUUCCGCUGCCAUUAUUUAUGUUUAUGUGAACUACCUAAAAGCUACACCUGAAAAGGGGAGAUCUAUAGUGUAACAUGCCUAUAACUAAGUUUAAGAGUUACCGAGUCGCAGCCGAAGAGGCGAGAAACCUCUUGGAAGUUUUUGAUUUUCUAAUGUUGGAAAUGUUUAGUAGUAACACUAGUCACUAAUAGGCAAUUCCAGCUUUUAGUUUAUGCGUGCAGGGGGUGAUGGGAAGUAAGGUAUCAUAUUGCUGAAAAUGCUGAAAAAAUAAAAAUGGCGGCCGUGUAAACACGGAGUGAUGGCUUAAACUUGUUAAUAUUGAAAUAUUUCGGUUGUUUCGGCAGUUUUUAUUGAUUUUUUUAGAAUAAUCAGCAAUAUGAUACGUUACUUCCCGUCACCCCCUGCGCGCAUAAACUAAAAGCUGGAAUUGCCUAUUGAUAAAAUCACAGUUUCAAUUCACUUUAUAAACACUCUCAAAACACUAAACAUUACUUUCGAAUGUUCAAAGUUAAACUAAUUAAUAUUCUAAACUGCGAGUUAAACUAAUUAAUAUUCUAAACUACGAAAUGUUUGACACUAUAAAGUUAAAACAUUUUUUCCCGUCUCUCACAAUUACAAAAAAGGUGUUUGUGGUAAUAUUUGGGACGCUAACCAACCUGAAAUUGGAUAAAUCCCAUUGAAUCCAUUCAUGCAGUAUCUGAUUUCUUUCUCUGCAUGAACUUGAAACAUUCCGGUUCGGUUGACUCAUUGCUACUUAUCGGGCUGCGUACGUAGUAUUAUACAAAAGAUUGUCAUGAUUUGUGUCUGAACUACCUCAGAAAAAGAUAGCUCAAACCUUUGGUCCAAUGUAGAUAUGGUAUCUUAUCAAAUAUUUAAAUAAACACGAUGAUGGUAUUUGCUUUAUCUAUAGAAUGUUGGAUAUAGGUCGCAAUGAGAAUUAUGUCCUGAGACUAGAGAGUGCUGCUUAUGAACAAGGUGAAUGCAUUACGUGCAUUGCGUAUUCCUCCAUGAAAGGUGAGUGACGUCUGAAGUAUGCUAGAUGUGCAUGGUAUUAUACUGUAUUUUAUUUAGAUUGUAGGAUAUUUGGGCAUCUCACUCUCGACUAAACCAACGCUCCUGUAUGACCCUGUAGAUUAAAAGUUUCAAUUCCUGCCGUAGGGCCCAUAGCAUUUUCCGCGGCUGCUCCUGGUUGGGUUUGAAGAAAGUAAUUUUAAAAUUAUAUAUGAAACUCUUUUCCCGAUUUUUUAUACCUUAUAUUUUGACUGAAAACAAUGAGCUGCCGCCAUCUUGGAUUUUGUUUUCAUCUCAUUAUUGAACGGUGGUUUUGGUGAUGUAACAAGCAGGGUUAGCCCAUAGAAAUAUAGAAUGCGUACUUGAUCACGAAUCAUGUCUCCACUUUUUCUCAAGCAUGCCCUUUCAAAUCCGCCAGAUUGAAUUUGACUAUAGGAGUGAGAAAUAUAAAGUAGCUAUAAACAAAGCUAAGAAUAAGUUUUCAUCGUCCAAAAGUUUUGAUUUCCUGUCUAAUUUUCAAUUUGAGGAAAGGUUUAAAAAUAUUAGGUUCUUUGAAGGCUCAAAAGCAACUUCGGUCUUCAAGUUCACAUUUACUCGUUUUAACUGUAAUUAUAACUAAUAUAAAGUGUUGCAUCUGUUGUUCGUUUACUAAAACGGUAAAACAAAGUAAUUUCGCGUGGUCAUAAUUUACUCUUAAAACUUUUUUUGCAUGCUCUGAGCAGUUUUGUUGCAUUUUGUGAACUUUAAUUUAAUGUAAAAUGUUUAACUGAAUUGCUUCGUAAAAUGUUUUGAAAUGUUAAUUCAACCACACUGUUUUUGGCGAAAAACUGUUUUUACUAAUGUCCUGUAAUGAAAAAAAAAGUUCAAAUUGUUGUUUAAUUUCAGUUCGGUUCUUUCACAUUUUUCCUUUUUUCUUAAGUUAAAUUGAAAAAGAAAAGUUUACGCAGUGCGUGUUUUACGCAAGAACUUGAAGAACAAACUUCAUAAAGCCGGUUUUCCACUAGCGAUUUUUUUCGCGCGAAGGGAAUUUAUCCUUUGUCUAAUUUGGGCAAUUUGUUCCAGAUGGUUGCAACUGAUAGCUCUAAAACAAUAGCAAAAUGUCGCUUCGCGCAGCUUGUGGAAACCGGCAGGCUGUCACCUAUUUUUAACCUAAAAUGCUUUUUAUUCAAAAACUGAACUACAAAGUUAAAAAUAAACAUUGUAAAUGGAUUAAGUUAUGAUAUAUGAGUCAUAUUAAACAACUUUGAACUUCCACGCAACAUGUAACAUGACAUUUUCAAAAAAAUUGACUAAAACUUGAAAAAGUGUCCGCCAACAAUUAAUCAAGAUGCCAUUUACAAUCCAUCUCAAUCCUGGCGUAAUCUUGCCCAUCCAGACUUCUGUACAUGUUUUUUGUGUCUGUUAUUGCUUUAUUUUGUGCUUACACUCAUUCUUUUUCAGUUUUGGGCAAAAUUUGCGAGAGUUAGAAUUUCUCAAAAAUCGGUGACAUUGCCCCUUUAAACAUUAAAUAUUCAAAGCGAACUUGCCGUAUAUUUCACAGCCAUAGUAGAUAUAUUCCUUUUGGUACACAGAGGUCCGACUAUAUUUUAUAUUUACCGAGGUAUUCUUGCUGGCGGGACAAACCUUGGUAAGAUAGCGAUGUGGCAUGCUGUGAAGAAUAAGACUGGAGCAGAGAUUGAUGGCGAGAAAAAAUGGGAGUUGUCGUCCCCUUCAGUUAUACAAGAGCCUGUUUUACAACUGCAG